GACCAGCAGCAGUCGCGUGGCUGCCUCCGACAAUGCAGUAUCUGGUGGGAAAAUCGAAACAGCACCGAUUUCAUCUCUGAAAAUGGAGCAAAACUUCAAGUGUCCACUCUGUACGGCCUGUUUCGAAAAACAGGACGAGCUCAAAGAACAUUUGGGUGAAAAUCACAUGGAAAGCGAUGUCGUGCUGGAGUUUGCUGCGGAACAUCCGGACAAGCCCGAUUCCGUGGGCUUGAUUGCGGACUCACCCAUUCCGGUGAUCAUCCGAACGGAACCGACGCCCACAUCGGAGUUCCCAGCGGAACGGAACAACGGUUGGAACUGCGGAUGUUUGCCGUGUUGUUCCGAUGGAGGACGCUCAGCACCUGUGUUCGCACCGGAAGGGUGUCGAGAGUGUUGGCGUGAUUGUUGGCAGUGUUGCAAUAUUUGCGAUGACUGCGAGUGUGUUAUUAUGUGAUAACGGCAGGGCUUGCAGAAGAGUUUGUUACAUUUUACGCUUAUGAAUCUAGUAUAAAUUUUUGUAGAAUAAUUAAAUUUGAAUCCACGUUUUUUCAUAGAUUUAAGAUCAUUUUGUACGAUAGCUAGACAUCAAAGAGCAAUAUUUCAAUUAAAUAAGC